AUGCACCAGCAGCAGCAGCCCGAGCAGCACCCAGAAGAGGUGAACUAUGCAAGUAGCACCAGAAUUCCUCUCCCUGGUGACGGACCAGCUGUUCAGUCAAACAGUUCAGCACCAUCCAAGCAAACUGUUCUAUCUUGGCAAGCUGCAAUUGAUGCUGCUAGACAAGCAAAGGCUGCCCAAAAUAUGAGCACCACCACAGCCCAGCCUGUAGGAUCUCUGUCCCAAAGAAAACGCCAGCAAUAUGCCAAGAGCAAAAAACAGGGUAAUACGUCUAAUAGUCGGCCACCUCGUGCCCUUUUCUGUUUAUCCCUCAACAACCCAAUACGAAGAGCCUGCAUUAGUCUAGUAGAAUGGAAACCAUUUGACAUAUUUAUACUACUGUCUAUUUUUGCCAAUUGUGUGGCCUUAGCUGUUUACAUCCCAUUCCCAGAAGAUGAUUCUAAUUCAACUAAUCAUAAUUUGGAAAAAGUAGAAUAUGCCUUCCUGAUAAUUUUUACAGUUGAAACAUUUUUGAAGAUUAUAGCAUAUGGAUUAUUAUUACAUCCCAAUGCAUAUGUUAGAAAUGGAUGGAAUUUAUUGGAUUUUGUAAUAGUAGUAGUAGGAUUAUUUAGCGUAAUAUUGGAACAAUUAACCAAAGAAACAGAAGGUGGCAGCCACUCAGGUGGCAAACCUGGUGGCUUUGAUGUCAAAGCCCUAAGAGCCUUUCGUGUAUUGCGACCUCUCCGGCUUGUAUCAGGAGUGCCCAGUUUACAAGUUGUCCUGAACUCCAUUAUAAAAGCCAUGGUCCCCCUCCUCCACAUUGCCCUUUUGGUAUUGUUUGUAAUCAUAAUCUAUGCUAUUAUAGGAUUGGAACUUUUUAUUGGAAAAAUGCACAAAUCUUGUUUUCUUAUUGAUUCAGAUAUACUAGUUGAAGAAGAUCCAGCACCUUGUGCAUUCUCAGGGAAUGGACGUCAGUGUGUCAUGAAUGGCACUGAAUGUAAAGGUGGAUGGGUUGGACCAAAUGGAGGCAUAACCAACUUCGAUAAUUUUGCAUUUGCAAUGUUAACUGUGUUCCAGUGUAUAACCAUGGAAGGAUGGACUGAUGUGUUAUACUGGGUAAAUGAUGCAAUAGGAUGUGAAUGGCCAUGGAUCUAUUUUGUUAGUCUUAUCAUCCUUGGCUCAUUUUUCGUACUUAACCUGGUUCUUGGUGUACUUAGUGGAGAAUUUUCCAAAGAAAGAGAAAAAGCCAAGGCUCGAGGGGACUUUCAGAAGCUGCGGGAAAAACAGCAGCUUGAAGAAGAUCUGAAGGGAUAUUUAGACUGGAUUACCCAGGCAGAAGACAUUGACCCUGAGAAUGAUGAAGAGGGUGAUGAAGAAGGCAAGAGGAACACAAGCAUGCCCACCAGUGAAACUGAAUCAGUGAACACAGAGAAUGUGAGUGGAGAAGGAGAGAACCCGGCAUGUUGUGGGAGUUUGUGUCAAACCAUCUCAAAAUCCAAGUUCAGUCGACGCUGGCGUCGCUGGAAUCGAUUUAAUCGAAGAAAAUGUAGAGCUGCAGUAAAAUCUGUCACAUUUUAUUGGCUUGUUAUUGUCUUGGUCUUUCUGAACACGUUAACUAUUUCAUCAGAGCACUAUAAUCAACCUGACUGGCUGACCCAGAUCCAAGAUAUCGCAAAUAAAGUUCUUCUGGCUUUAUUCACCUGUGAAAUGUUAGUAAAGAUGUACAGCUUGGGCCUGCAGGCUUAUUUUGUUUCUCUUUUUAACCGCUUUGAUUGCUUCGUUGUUUGUGGUGGCAUUGUUGAAACCAUUUUGGUGGAGUUGGAAAUUAUGUCGCCCCUUGGAAUUUCAGUGUUUCGCUGUGUUCGUCUCCUGCGUAUUUUUAAAGUAACAAGGCACUGGGCAUCCCUGAGCAACUUGGUAGCAUCCUUGUUAAACUCAAUGAAGUCCAUUGCUUCACUGUUGCUUCUGCUUUUCCUCUUCAUCAUAAUCUUCUCGUUGCUUGGAAUGCAGCUGUUUGGAGGCAAAUUUAAUUUUGAUGAAACUCAAACAAAACGGAGCACCUUCGAUAAUUUUCCACAAGCUCUUUUAACUGUAUUCCAGAUUCUCACAGGUGAAGACUGGAAUGCUGUUAUGUAUGAUGGCAUAAUGGCAUAUGGUGGCCCAUCAUCAUCAGGCAUGAUAGUCUGCAUAUAUUUCAUUAUCCUCUUCAUCUGUGGUAACUAUAUCCUGCUAAAUGUCUUCUUGGCCAUUGCUGUAGAUAACUUGGCAGAUGCUGAAAGUCUAAAUACAGCUCAGAAAGAAGAAGCUGAAGAAAAGGAAAGGAAAAAGAAUGCGAGAAAAGAGAGUCUGGAAAAUAAAAAAAGUGAGAAGUCAGAAGGUGACCAAAAGAAGCCCAAGGAUAGUAAGGUGACAAUUACUGAAUAUGGAGAAGGAGAGGAUGAAGAUAAAGAUCCCUAUCCACCCUGUGAUGUACCAGUAGGUGAAGAUGAAGAAGAUGAGGAGGAUGAACCAGAGGUACCAGCAGGCCCACGUCCCCGUAGAAUAUCAGAACUAAAUAUGAAGGAGAAGAUAACACCAAUCCCUGAAGGGAGUGCCUUCUUCAUUUUCAGCAGCACCAAUCCAAUUCGAGUGGGAUGCCACAGACUCAUCAAUCACCACAUCUUUACCAAUCUUAUCCUUGUCUUCAUCAUGCUGAGCAGUGUUUCCCUAGCAGCAGAAGAUCCAAUUCGCAGCCACUCUUUUCGAAAUAAUAUACUUGGUUACUUUGACUAUGCUUUCACAGCCAUCUUUACUGUUGAAAUCCUGUUAAAGAUGACAGCUUUUGGAGCAUUUCUUCAUAAAGGAUCCUUCUGCAGGAAUUACUUUAAUUUGCUGGAUUUGCUGGUUGUGGGUGUUUCUCUGGUAUCAUUUGGUAUCCAAUCAAGUGCUAUCUCAGUUGUGAAGAUCCUCAGAGUUUUGAGAGUCUUGAGGCCUCUAAGGGCAAUAAACAGAGCAAAAGGACUUAAGCAUGUUGUUCAGUGUGUCUUUGUGGCCAUUAGAACUAUCGGUAAUAUCAUGAUUGUUACAACUCUGCUGCAGUUCAUGUUUGCCUGUAUUGGAGUGCAGCUGUUCAAGGGAAAAUUCUACAAGUGCACUGAUGAGGCAAAACAGAAUCCUGAGGAAUGCCGAGGGAUAUACAUCGUUUAUAAAGAUGGAGAUGUUGAUAAUCCAAUGGUCAAAGAGAGGGUCUGGCAGAAUAGUGAUUUCAACUUUGAUAAUGUUCUGUCUGCUAUGAUGGCGCUUUUUACAGUAUCCACUUUUGAAGGCUGGCCAGCGCUGCUCUACAAAGCCAUUGAUUCAAAUGGCGAGAAUGUAGGACCCGUAUACAACUAUAGAGUGGAGAUCUCCAUUUUUUUCAUCAUCUAUAUCAUCAUUAUUGCUUUCUUUAUGAUGAACAUAUUUGUUGGGUUUGUGAUUGUUACAUUCCAAGAACAGGGAGAACAAGAGUAUAAGAAUUGUGAGCUGGACAAAAAUCAGCGUCAGUGUGUAGAAUAUGCCUUGAAGGCACGGCCUCUUCGAAGAUAUAUUCCAAAAAAUCCUUACCAGUACAAAUUCUGGUAUGUGGUGAAUUCUACUGGAUUUGAAUACAUCAUGUUUGUCCUCAUCAUGCUGAACACACUUUGCUUGGCUAUGCAGCACUAUGGACAGUCUAAGCUCUUUAAUGAUGCAAUGGACAUUAUGAACAUGGUUUUCACAGGAGUGUUCACUGUCGAAAUGGUUUUGAAACUGAUUGCAUUCAAACCCAAGAUUUUUGUAAGAAAAAAGGAAAGAUGGCUAGGCUAUUUUAGUGAUGCCUGGAAUACGUUUGACUCCCUCAUCGUUAUUGGCAGCAUAGUAGACGUCGUUCUCAGUGAAGCUGAUCACUAUUUCACUGAUGCAUGGAACACUUUUGAUGCCUUAAUUGUUGUUGGUAGCGUCGUUGAUAUUGCUAUAACAGAAGUUAAUCCAAAGCCAACUGAAACAGUCACAACUGAUGAGACUGGGAACUCUGAAGACAGCGCUAGAAUAUCCAUCACUUUUUUCCGUCUCUUCCGGGUGAUGAGGUUGGUGAAGCUGCUUAGCAGAGGAGAAGGAAUCAGAACUUUACUGUGGACAUUUAUUAAGUCAUUUCAGGCUCUGCCUUAUGUUGCCCUUCUGAUAGCCAUGCUGUUCUUCAUCUAUGCUGUGAUUGGAAUGCAGGUGUUUGGAAAAGUUGCCAUGAGGGACAACAAUCAAAUAAACAGAAACAACAAUUUUCAGACUUUCCCCCAAGCUGUGCUGCUUCUGUUUAGGUGUGCAACUGGAGAAGCUUGGCAGGAAAUCAUGCUGGCAUGUUUGCCUGGAAAGCGCUGUGAUCCAGAAUCUGAUUAUAAUCCAGGGGAAGAAUACACAUGUGGAAGCAAUUUUGCCAUCAUUUAUUUUAUCAGUUUUUACAUGCUUUGUGCAUUUUUGAUUAUAAACUUAUUUGUAGCUGUCAUUAUGGAUAAUUUUGAUUAUUUGACACGUGACUGGUCUAUUCUGGGUCCCCAUCAUUUGGAUGAGUUCAAAAGGAUAUGGUCAGAAUAUGAUCCUGAAGCAAAGGGAAGGAUAAAGCAUCUUGAUGUGGUUACAUUAUUGAGACGCAUUCAGCCACCACUUGGUUUUGGCAAAUUAUGUCCUCACCGAGUGGCCUGCAAGAGGUUAGUAGCCAUGAAUAUGCCACUAAACAGUGAUGGAACCGUCAUGUUCAAUGCUACUUUGUUUGCUUUGGUUAGGACUGCUCUAAAGAUAAAAACAGAAGGUAAUCUAGAGCAAGCAAAUGAAGAACUUAGAGCUGUUAUAAAGAAAAUAUGGAAGAAAACGAGCAUGAAAUUACUUGACCAAGUUGUCCCUCCAGCUGGCGAUGAUGAGGUAACCGUGGGGAAGUUCUAUGCCACCUUCCUGAUACAGGACUACUUUAGGAAAUUCAAGAAACGCAAAGAACAAGGACUGGUGGGGAAAUAUCCUGCGAAGAAUACCACAAUUGCGCUGCAGGCAGGACUAAGGACACUUCAUGAUAUUGGCCCUGAAAUACGCCGAGCUAUAUCCUGUGACUUGCAAGAUGAUGAACCAGAGGAAAACAAUCCAGAGGAGGAGGAAGAUGUUUAUAAAAGGAAUGGUGCCCUCUUUGGCAACCACAUAAACCAUAUUAGCAGUGACAGACGAGAUUCAUUUCAACAGAUCAACACCACACACCGUCCCUUACAUGUUCAGCGGCCUUCAAUUCCAUCUGCAAGUGAUACUGAGAAAAAUAUAUAUUCUCAGGCAGGAAAUUCUGUGUACCACAAUCAUCAUAAUCACAACUCAGUAGGAAAACAAGUUCCAAAUUCAACAAAUGCCAAUCUCAAUAAUGCCAACGUGUCCAAAGUUCAUGGAAAACACACAAAUUUUGGAAAACACACAAAUUUUGGAAAUCAUGAGCAUAGAUCUGAAAAUGGGUACCAUUCAUACUCCAGAACGGAUCAUGAGAAGCGCAGAAGGCCAAGCAGUAGGAGAACCCGCUACUAUGAAACAUAUAUUAGAUCUGACUCUGGUGAUGGGCGUCGACCUACUAUUUGCUGUGAGGAACGUGAAGUUCAAGACUGUUGCAAUGACCAUUAUUUGGGAGAGCAGGAAUAUUUUAGUGGAGAUGAAUAUUAUGAAGAAGAUAGUAUGUUGUCAGGAAGCAGGCAUAUAUAUGAUUACCACUGUAAGUAUCACUGCCAUGACGCAGAUUUUGAGAGACCAAAAGGUUACCAUCACCCACAUGGCUUUUUUGAAGAAGAUGAUUCACAGAUGUGUUAUGAUACAAAAAGAUCUCCUAGGAGACGUCUGCUACCUCCAACACCAACACCAAAUAGACGAUCUUCCUUUAACUUUGAAUGCCUCCGCCGACAAAGUAGUCAAGAUGAUAUACCACUCUCUCCCAAUUUCCACCAUCGCACUGCUUUACCCCUUCACUUAAUGCAACAGCAGGUCAUGGCUGUUGCAGGUCUGGAUUCCAGCAAAGCCCAUAAACAUUCACCAAGUCGUUCAACGCGUUCCUGGGCUACCCCACCUGCAACCCCUCCCAACAGGGACCGUAGUCCAUAUUACACACCUCUAAUCCAGGUUGAUAGGGCUGAAUCUACAGAGCAUAUGAAUGGUAGCCUGCCUUCCUUGCACAGGAGUUCUUGGUACACAGAUGACCCUGAUAUUUCCUACCGAACAUUCACACCAGCCAAUCUAACAGUACCUAAUGACUUUAGGUAUAAACAUAGUGACAAACAGAGGAGUGCAGACAGUUUGGUAGAAGCGGUACUUAUAUCUGAAGGCCUAGGAAGAUAUGCAAAGGACCCUAAAUUUGUUUCAGCUACGAAACACGAGAUUGCUGAUGCAUGUGACAUGACUAUUGACGAGAUGGAAAGUGCAGCGAGCAAUCUUCUCAAUGGAAAUAUUAGCAACGGGACCAAUGGAGAUAUGUUUCCCAUUUUAAGCAGACAAGAUUAUGAACUUCAAGAUUUUGGUCCUGGCUACAGUGAUGAAGAACCAGAAACGGGACGAUAUGAAGAAGACUUGGCUGAUGAAAUGAUAUGCAUUACAAGCUUAUAG